CCCUCUUCCCUCUCCCGAUAUUUUGUCUCAAGUCGCUUUACCUUAUAGACUCGAUCUCAAAGGUGCAAGCAACGGCAUACCUUCGUUUUUAGCGUAUACCUGUCGCACUCAUCGUCAGGCAUAUCACCGACUCUCGCUCGUGCCUCAACUACACGUACGGUUACUCCGGGAUAUUAUCCCUUUGUUAGAAGCGGGCACCCUGCUCGUCUGAAGGUCGACUACCGAGGAUCCUCAGCCCUCCGUUCCUACUAAUUACGAACACCAUGCAUACACUCUCCACAUUGGCGGCCCUUGCGGCUGCCAUCUCAACUGCCAGGGCCGCCUUCCAAGGGUUCAACUAUGGCAACGUUUUUACCGACGGAAGUCCCAAGACUCAGGCGGAUUUCGAGGCUCUCUUCGGAGCUGCCGCCAACCUCGACGGCACCGAUGGCGGGUUCACCAGCGCCCGACUGUACACCAUGGUUCAAGCUGGCACCGCCAACGACCCCAUCUCGGCCAUCCCUGCCGCCAUUAACACCGGCACUUCCCUGCUCCUCGGCAUCUGGGCCUCCGCUGGCGCCGACGUGUUCGCCAACGAGCUCGAGGCUCUGCGCAGGACCAUUGCGCAGUACGGCGAUCAACUGGACGGCCUGAUUGCCGGCAUCUCCGUAGGCAGCGAGGACCUGUACCGCAACUCGCCCACUGGUAUCGAAGCCGGCGAGAACCCCGGCGCCAACCCGGACACCCUCGUUGGCUACUUCGAGCGAGUCCGCGACGCCAUCCAGGGGACCCCCUUCGCCAAUUACCCCAUCGGCCACGUCGACACGUGGACGGCCUGGGACAACAGCAGCAACCAGGCGGUGAUCGACGCCUCCGACUUCAUCGGCUUCAACGGCUUCGCCUACUGGGAGGCGAACCAGGACAACGACGUCUCCAACGGCAAGAGCCUCUUCGACCGUGCUUUGGGCCGCGCCCGCAACGCCGUUGGGAACAAGCCCAUCUGGAUCACGGAGGUGGGCUGGCCCGUGAGCGGCGCCACCGUCGGCCAGGCCGUUCCCUCGGCCGAGAACGCCGAGAUCUUCUGGAAGGACGUCGGCUGCCCGCUGUUCGGCGAGACCAAUAUUUGGUGGUACACCCUGCAGGACAGCGCGCCUUUUGCGUCCAGUCCCAGCUUCGGCAUCAUCGGCUCGGAUGUGACUACCCAGCCCCUGUUCGACCUCACCUGCGAUGCUCCCGCGCCUCCCCCUUCGUCUGCUGCCCCGACCACCGGCACUCAGGCUCCCACCGAGACCGAUGGCGGUGCCGUGCCGGGUCCCACGAGCCCCGAAGACGAUAACGGCGAUGACGGUCACGAUGGUGGUGAUGAUGAUGAUGAUGAUGAUGAACCAGCGCCCACCGUCACCGAGUCUCCCCACGUCCCUGAGCCCACCGGUGACGGGGACCACGGCGACGAUGGCCACGGUGAUGACGAGGGUCACGAUGACGAUGGCCACGAUGACGGUGGUGUUAUGCCUCCCCCAUCUGUGCCAACUGAUUCCCCCGCACCACCAGAGGAGCCGGUGCCUACUCAGCCCGGUGAGGGAGGCAACGCCACCACCAUAGUCCCGCCCCCUGUCGCUACCGGCGAUGAAGAUGAAGACGGACCCCCCGUCGAGGCGGGCGCAUCGUCUCUGACUUUCAGUGCGGCCUGCCUGGCCGUCAUGUUCGCUGUGGCGGUCUUCUAA